GCACACACCUUGCACUCACAAACAUCGACUUGCUCCAUGCAUCAAAAGCAAACAAAUCACAGACUCCUGCAGCUGAAGAAUAUGAAGCUGGAAGGAAACAGCAAAAACAAGGCAUUGAUUGACCAGGCAAUAAGAGACAACAGCUGUGGCUCAUGCACACGGUUAUUUGAAGGUUCUUUGUGGCUGUAGGUGAUGAUUUCCUACUUUGAGGGCAAGGUUUCAUGGGACCGUUUGCAUGAGUAAAACAAAAGCGAGGCAGUGGUGAGAGAUAAGGAUGCUAUCCAAAAGCUUUCUUUGAGGAACCUGAGAGAAGAGAGGAUGUAGAAGGAAUGGGACUCAUGGAUAAGACUGCAGAUCUCUCAGAUGGACAUGGAAUUUGAAAAUAAAACAAGUUUGCUCUGAGAUGGAUUGGAACACACUUUCUACUUAAGUCCCCUUUUGAAGAUAAGAUGAUUUGAAUAAUAAAGCUUUCACCAGAAAAUGCUCUGUGGUGAAAUGGACUUUUGUUAUUGACUACUGAAGGAGAAUCCUGUCGUACAAAUGUUUCAGACCCCAGGAUAUAAAGACAAGACAGCUAAUGACAAUCAAGAAAAAAAUUAUCCAGACGUACCAUAUUCUGUGUAACACUGAGGAUUAUGGACAUGAGGCAGAGUGACUCACAGCGAAGCAAAGAACACCAAAGCAGUAAUAAUGUGACUGUCUAAAAUUCAUCCAUUUGACCACUGAUCACAGUGUCAUGAUUUUUUGUCAUUUACAAAGAGAGUUUCACUCUGGAUUCUCAUCACAAGACAUGAGGGGUCUAGCUGGGCAGUUUAACUUUAAAAGAACGGAACAGGUCUGUGGACAACCUGGAUUACCAUGCUACGCAAAGUCCCAGGGAGUCCAUCUAGAAGAAAAAAUCUGUUGCAAGAACAGGACAACUUGAAAUGGAACCAGUCAGGGAGAUAUUCUUCAUUAUCUAUCCCUGUCAGCACAAUAAGUGUCCACCCGUGUCCAAUGCCACAAUCAACAAUCCUCUGGCUUGGCCUCAUUGGCUCUGUACUGCUAAGUGUACCAGAUGUGUCAGCAGGGGAGACAUGGGGAAUGGUGUCCAUAUGCCCCAUCCACUGCGUGUGUCGGAACCUAUCGGAGUCUCUGAGCACACUCUGUGUGAAUAAAGGUCUUCUUUUUGUGCCACCGAACAUUGAUCGCCGCACUGUGGAGCUCCGUCUUGCAGACAACUAUAUCCUGGAAGUGGGAGGUCCGGACUUCGCAAAUAUGACAGGAUUGGUUGACCUGACGCUGUCACGUAACACCAUCCAUGCUCUAAAGCCGCUGGCCUUUUCUGAUCUGGAGAGUCUGCGUUCCCUUCACCUCGACACCAACCGUCUCACUGUGGUGGGACCUCAGGAUCUGACAGGUCUUGUUAACCUUCAGCAUCUCAUCAUCAACAAUAACCAGCUUACUAAUGUUUCUGGAGAUGCAUUCGAUGACUUCCUGCUGACUCUGGAGGAUCUGGACCUUUCUUAUAACAACCUGCGCAGGGUUCCCUGGGAAGCCAUACAGAACAUGGCUAGCCUGCACACCUUAAACCUGGACCACAACCUAAUAGACCAGAUUGAUGAGGGUUCUUUCAGUGAGCUCUACAAACUCUCCAGACUGGAUAUGACCUCAAACAGACUACAGACUCUACCCCCUGAUCCACUGUUCUCCAGAUCACAGAUUGGGGUUGUCAGUCCAACACCGUACAAUUCUAUCAUCAGCUUAAACUUUGGCGGGAAUCCUCUGCACUGCAACUGUGAGCUGUUGUGGUUGCGACGACUGAUUCGUGAAGACGACAUGGAGACAUGUGCUACACCUGCUUAUUUGGCGGGGCGCUACUUUUGGUCCAUCCCAGAAGAAGAGUUUACCUGUGAGCCUCCACUGAUCACCCGUAAUACCAACAAACUGUGGGUGCUAGAGGGACAAAGAGCCACGCUUAAAUGUAGAGCCAUUGGUGACCCUGAGCCAGUCAUUCAUUGGGUGUCACCAGAUGACCGCAUAGUGGCCAACUCCAGUCGCAUUCGCUCGUACUACAAUGGCACACUGGAUUUUCUAGUCACCCGUGCUAGAGAUGAUGGGACCUACACAUGCAUUGCCAUCAAUGCAGCAGGGGAAUCCACAGCUCUGGUGGACUUAAAGAUCAUCCCUCUGCCCCAUCGGGGAAAUGGCACGAUAUCCCUAAUCAACAAUAGAGACCCAGGCUCCUCUGAUAUUAGCAGUGGGCGUGGUGGGGUUGAAGGUGGAGGGACUGGCGUGGUGACCGUAAGGAAUGUUACUGGAGGCAAGGAAGAGGCUGGAGAUAGGGGAGGGGGAAGCAGUAAUGGAGGAAUCGAAAACUUGGUCGGAGUUCUGGGUGUAACAUCUAAUUCAGCCCAGAUUCAAUGGAAAAUGGGUCGCUCUUCAACACCAUACCUGGUGUGGAUGUAUCAGAUCCAGUACAACAGCACAGCAGACGAUGCACUCGUUUACAGGAUUCUGCCUCCAUCUAUUAACAGUUUCCUGCUGAAAAACUUGGUGUCCGGAGCAGACUACAGCCUGUGCGUCUUGGCCAUAUUUGAUGAUGGCAUCUCCACCUUGGUGACAACAAAGGUGUUGGGCUGCAUCCAGUUCAGCACUAAAGAGGAUUAUCCAGAAUGCCGUUCUCUGCAUGCUCACUUCCUGGGUGGCACACUGACAGUGAUGGUGGGUGGCAUGGUCGUGGUAACCCUUCUGGUUUUCACCGUAGCCAUGAUGGUGCGGCAUCGUGUCUGUGGAGAGUGUCAGGACGAUGCCAACAGAGCGGGCAAGUUUUUGCCAGCCAACGGGGUGGAUGUUUAUGCUCAGACAAAUGGAAACAACAGUAUGAUGAUGGUGGCAUUGCCAAAUGGCGUCUUGGCCCAAAGAACAAAAUCAACACAGGAAAAAUCCAAACACAAGACUAAACAGAGCCCAGAGCCACACCGUGGCCAGAGCACAGACACAUGUGGUAGGGGAGAAGGGGUGGUGCGGGAAAAAUGUUUAACUCCACUCACACCAGAGAGUGAGAGACUGACAAUCUACUACUCCCCAAGUAACACACUGCCUCUCCCUACAAAAAAGGCUGUGAAGCAAACAGGCAGGCUCAAGUUGCGGAGAAAGUCUCUGGAGAAAGACAGACAAGUCUUGGCCUCCUUCCCAUUGACACAAGAUGGAGAGGAAGGAAGGGAGGGAAGGUCGGACUUGAGGCAGGCACUGAAAACCAAGCGUAGCUGCUCUUUCGAUGUGGGUGAAAUCACCACCACCACAUGCUACAGCUACGCCAAACGGCUGAGUGUUAUCUGGACCCGUCGUAGCCAGUCGCUACAUGGCUUGCUGGUCCACUGUUCUGCCACAACCAGCACAUCCAGCACAGGAAGUGAGCAGUACGGCAAUGCUCUGACGCAGAACUAUCUCCAUGCUUUGGUUUCCAACUCCAACUCUGCUUCUAACUCAAGCAGUAGCAUGGUUGUCAAUCCCAGGGACCUGGAGGAAAGUGUGGUGUAGAGAUACGAGUGAAAGAAAGACCUUGUUGUGUAAUAAAUGCAGUGAGGUGGCACAGAUUAACACGCCACAUUCAGGCGGUUUAAAAGACCAACACAAACAAACUAUAAAAACGAGACUAAAGAAUUAUCAGGGGAGUGCCAAGUUGAUGAGGAGUAGUGCUCCAGACACAAAGGAAAUGGCAAUAUCAAAAUGACGAGAAGAGAAACGAGGAUAGGUUUGCUUUUUAUUGACGAGCCAAAGGCAUAGGGGAUUAAAACCUAAAGGCGUCUGUUUCAACGAGAUUAAUUAACCAAUUAAUAAAUUAUUGAAUAAAUCAGAUGCUACUUUGUACCGAAGCAACACCUUUUGAAUGCUAAUGAGGAGUUGAAACAAAGGGGUAAAUAUCACAAAAACAAAUUUGAAACCCAAAGAGGGAGCACAUUAUCUGUUGAAAUAAACCACUGCAAAGCAGCACACAUGUCUGAGCUCUAUGAUAAGGGAAAGUACACCAUGUAAAGUUUCUUUUCACUCUUUAUUUUUGGUGGUAAUAUUUUUCAAUGAUAAGUGAAAAGAUGGGGGAGGGAGGCUCACUGAAAAUUUCUGAACACUUUUGCUACAAGCAUUUAAAAUGGGGGAACAAUUUGUUAAAAUGUCAUUCAACAGUGGUCUGAAUAGUCAUAACUGUUCUUGUCUGAUCAGCCCUUUUCCAGAAUCAUAAAAAGAAUAAAAGCUAUUCUGUAAAAAUGAUAUUCUUUAUUGUGGAAUGAAGCUCUAAUUGAGAUCAAUCUGAUAUGCUAGCUUCAAGGUUAAUUGCUUAAAGAGGCUGGUAUUAAAAGCCACAUGGCACACAUAAUGCUUUCUAUCCCCAAAACAAAAGCUUAGCAGUCAACUGGCAUCACAGCACCUAAUAACUUGAUUAAAAUGUCAGAUAGUAUAAUAAGCUUAAUGUAUCUAAUGUGCUAAUUAAUACAUCUCCAUUAGAGCAAUAUUCUAGCACCGGUCACUUAACUAGAGAUUUAAUGUUGAUAAUAAACAGCAAAAACAAGAG